UUUCUGACAAGCUCUAUUUGUUUUUCCAGAUGUGAUGUGUUUGCGUCCUCUGUUUCCCGUCGGACAGAUAAGGGACGGAAACCAAACAGCCACGUAGUAAAAGCGGCGAAGCUCGCAAAAGGUGCUGGCUGUGUUCAGAAGUGUUCCUGGACACUGGCAUGCUCCCAGCUGGCCUGUCUCCUAAAAUGAUGGUUUUGUGAGAAGUUGUUUCCGAAGGGGCACCAGCAGUAUUGUGACUGUUCAGUUUCUUUAUGGAAAUGGAUACUAACCAAUCAGAAGCAGCUCACAUGGAGGCUAAUGCCUAUCAAGGAGACCAUGGUAUAAAAUCCAAAGUGGAAGGUGAAAAACAAUUAAAACAACAAGGACUGGACAACGCACAAAACCUAAAAGGGGAUUUUCAUAAUGGUGCUGUCAGUUUAGAUGCGAUGCCAAAUGGAAACGGACUGGCAGAGGACUUGAGUGCUGCAGGGACGACCCAUAUUAAUGGUUCCCUGUCUCCGACACCCCCUCCCCAGAGCACCAGCUCCCCUGUCAACUCCCAGACCCAAGAGCCCUCCCCAGGUUUGGCUGCUUUACCACCCAUGAUGCUAGAGAAGUCUCAGGGGGCUAGUGCUGAGAUCACGGUUCACAAGGGUGAUUCAUUGCAGUCCCUCAGACUCAGUAUGCCUAUGCAGGAGACUCAAUUGUCAAACCAGAAGCCCUCGCUGGAUAUGGAGAAUGAGGAAAAGAUUCGCCUGGAGGCUCGCCGGCGUCUGGAGGAGCAACUCAAACAGUACAGAGUGCAGAGACAUAAGGAGAGGUCUCACCGCACCACCCCCAAGAACAGGCCAUUCAGCACCCUGGAUCCAGAGCUCAUGCUGCAUCCUGAGGGUCUACCCAGGGCAAACACUGUUGCCAUGACAACGGAGUAUUCCUUCAUGAGGACUCCAACGUCCCGAGGCACAGCACAGCCUGGUGCUUUGCUCCAAGUCGUGGACAAUCUCUCCGAAAUUGACGGCAGUGAAUCGGGAACAAGGCCGGGGAAUGACGGCAACGACAGCGACAGCUCGUCCUACAGCAGUGUGUCUACCAGGGGGACAGUCGGGAUGCUCUCGGCAGCAGUGGAAAGGCAGCUGGUGCCCUACACGGUGGAGGGGAGGGAGAUUGCCCCCGAGGCCAUGGGUCAGUUCCCCUCCCUGCAGGAGGUGCUGCAGGCAGCCAGCGAAGAGCAGCACCUGCUGGAGCUGGAGCGGGAGAGAGAAGGGACGGCGGAGCCUCGCAGCCGCAGGGACAGCUUCUCCAGCAGUGUUUCUUUGGAGAGUUCAGUGAUGGGCCAUGAUGAUAUGCUGCAGGUCUUGAAAGAGAAAAUGAGACUGGAGGGUCAGCUGGAAUCUUUGUCAUCUGAAGCCAAUCAGGCUCUCAAGGAGAAGACAGAGCUUCAGGCCCAGCUCGCUACAGUGAAUGCCCAGCUGCAGGCUAAGAAGGAGGAGGCUCAGCUCAGCCAGGUGAAGCAAAGCGCCCUCACGACGGAGGUCGGCACACUGCGGCAAAACUGCAGCCAGCUGGAGAAGGCCAUGGUAGAUCUCCAGGGCAGUCUGGAGAGCAAGAAUGCCAGUCUGACUUCUCUGAGCAAUGACCUGAAGGUGGCCGAAGACCAAUACAACAGGCUGAUGGGGAAGGUGGAGGAGAUGCAAAGCACUGUAACCUUGAGAGACAAUACAGUCCAGGAGUUGCGUCAUCAGAUGGGUGGUCUUCAGAGCCAGCUUCAACAGGUUCAGCUGGAGCGCAGCACCCUGCAGAGCCGAAUGAAGACAUCCCAGGCCGAGAUUGACUCACUUCAGCAGCUCAGGCAGUGGUACCAGCAGCAGCUAGCAGUGGCGCAGGAGGCAAGAGUACGACUGCAAAGUGAAAUGGCCAACAUGCAGGCUGGACAGAUGACUCAGAUUGGUGUCCUGGAACAUCUGAAGCUGGAGAAUGUGACUCUGUCGCACCAACUCACCGAGACCCAACACCGCUCUAUCAAAGAUAAAGAGCGUAUUGCUGUUCAGCUGCAGAGCAUUGAGGUCGACAUGCUGACACAGGAAGCUGCUUAUAAGCAGAUCCAGGAUGCAAAGAACAUGGUGGAGGAUGAUCUGCAGCACAAACUGGAGGAGUUUGAGGAUGAGCGGGAACGCUUAAUUAAACUGGCCAACACAGCCAGCGCCCUGGAAAGGGAACUAGAGCAGGCCAAGUUGACCCUUUCCCAGAAGGACGUGCAGCUGCAGUCACUCCAGAAAGAGCAUCUGGAGCUGAUGCGCCAGCUGACCACCACUCAGGAGAACCUGCACACCAAAGAGCAGUCCAUCAACCAACUGGAAGCCCGCUACCUGGAGCUGGAGGCCCAGCUCGCCGAGCUGCAGACAGAGAGCAGCGGCAAGGACGACAACAUCCAAUACCUCCAAAACGAGAAGAUUGUCCUGGAGGUGGCGCUGCAGGCGGCCCGCGUCGACAAGAGCCAACUCGAUGACGACGCCGAGCGGCUUGGAGAGGAUGUCCUGGUGGCGUCAGAUAUCUUGGAUAAGCUCAGACAGGAAGUCCAGGUCAAAGCAAAUCAGAUAGAAACUCUUCAACAAGAAAACAGUUCCCUGAAGAAACAAGCUCAGAAACUGAAGGAGCAGUUCCAUCAACAGAAGGUGAUGGUGGAGGCCUACCGUCGGGACGCCAGCUCCAAAGACCAGUUGAUCAGUGAGCUCAAGUCCACCAAAAAGCGUCUGUUGGUGGAGGUGAAGGACCUGAAGCAGGAGCUGCUGGGCAUUCAGGGGGAGAAGGAGAAGGCCGAGCUGGAGCAGGCCCGGCUGCAGAAGGAGGUGGUCAGAGUCCAGGAGCAGAUGAACAACAUGGAGGCUCAUCUGCAAGCCAUUCAGACCGAAAGGGAUCAGCUAGAAACCCAGGUCCAGUCGUUACAGUUUGAUCACAGCCAGCUAGCAGCAGUGACCGAAGACAACGAAGGCCUGAGGAAACAGGUGGAGCAAAUGGAAGGAGAAGCCAAAAAGGCCAUCUCAGAGCAGAAGGUGCGCGUGAAGCGGCUGGGGACAGAUUUGACCAGUGCUCAGAAGGAGAUGAAGGCCAAACACAAGGCCUACGAGAACGCUGUGGGCAUCCUGAGUAGAAGGCUCCAAGAAGCUCUGGCUGACAAGGAGACGGCCGAGGCAGAGCUGGCCAAACUGAAGGCCCAGGUGUCGGAUGGGGGACACAGCCAGGCCUUACAGGAGAAGAUUAAGGCUCUGCAGGCUGAGCUGCAGGCUGUAAGCAACAGCAAGACGAUGCUAGAGAGGGAGCUGCAGGAAGUGAUCACCCUCACCUCCACCGAGCUGGAGGAUUACCAGGAGAAGGUCAUGGAGCUCGAGGAUGAGCUUCAAGAGUCCCGAUGCUUCAAGAAGCGGAUUCGAAAGUUGGAAGAUGCCAACAAGAAGCUAGCACUCGAGCUGGAACAUGAAAAAGGGAAAUUGGCUGGAUUGGCACAGUCCCACAAUACACUACGGGAGCAUUCCAACAUUUUAGAGUCUGCCUUAGCUAAGAGAGAGGCAGAUCUUGUCCAGCUCAAUUUACAGGUUCAAGCUGUUCUGAAGCGUAAAGAGGAGGAGGACCAGCAAAUGAAGCAGGUGGUACAAACUCUACAGCUUGCCUUGGAAAAAGAGAAAACCAAAGUCAAUGACCUGAAAGAACAGGUGGCAGCAGCAAAGGCUGAAGCGGCCCACAGCAAACGACACUACAGGGCAGCUAUGCUGGAGCUGUCGGAGAUCAAGAAGGACCUGCAGGCCAAAGAGGACCUGGUCAAAGCUAUGCAGAGUGAAUCCCACAAACUACAGGCUCAGGAUGAGCAGCACGCUCAGGAGGUUUCCAGGUUCCAAGAGGAGCUGGCUGAGGCCCACUCCCAGCUCCAGAUCCUCCAGAAACAACUGGACGAGGAACUGGCCAAGCAGCCACUCACUAACCAAGAGGUUGAGGACCUGAAGUGGGAGGUGGAGCAGAGGCAGAGGGAGAUUGAGGCUCAGAAGCAGCAGCUGGAGAUGAUGGAGCAGUGUCAACACAGGGAACUGGACAACCUACAGAGAGCUCUGCAGAACAUAAAGGUGGAGCUGGAGUCUGUGCAGGACGAGCUGAGUGGCACCAGGAAGGACAAGUUCAUGCUGCAGGCCAAAGUGUGUGAGCUGAGGAACAGCAUGAAGACUGUCCUACUGCAGAACCAGCAGCUCAAACAGGACUUCAAACAGAGUCGUCUAAGGAAGCAGCGCAUGGAGCUGAAGAGUGAGGGGAACCCAUCCAACCCAGUGACACCAGUUAAGAUUCCCGACUGCCCCGUGCCGGCCUCCCUGUUGGACGAGUUGCUGAAACCAUCAACUUCUGUCAACAAAGAGCCCCUCAACAACCUGCACAACUGUCUGCGGCAGCUCAAAGAGGAGAUGGACAGCCUCCAAAGACAGAUGGAGGAGCACACAGUAACAGUACAUGAGUCAAUGAGCUCAUGGACAAACACAGAGGAGGGACUGGCUGAACUGGAGCUUGAAAACAUCUCCAAACCAUCAGCGCCGCUAAACAUGGUGGUGGAAAAUAACAAUGAAGCAGAACAGCAGCAGUCAUAACAGAAGUACUUUUCUCAGGCCAAUAGAGGGAGAGUGGAGUUUUAUCCACAAAGGCACUUUUCGGCCCCUAAUUCCCUUUCUCUUUUCUUAACAAUUGCUGCCAACAUUUGGCAUUCUCCCAUCAGCACAGAAGUGCUUUCGCAGAGUAAUACUUUAUAUACCAUAGCUUUAUUCUUUCCUCUUUAUUUGACAGCUGUUUAUAUUUUUGUUAUGCUAUUGUCACAUUUAUUUAUUUUGAGUUAAUGAAUUACAAAUCUGACAGCGUCUCUUAGAGGAUCCCCCAUCCUUAGUUUUGUUGUCAUACAAAUAUGAUCUAGUACGGACUGUUUAACUAAUCAGUUUUUCCCUGUUAAGUUGGCGGGUUUUUUCUCUAAAAGUGAUUUAGUCAUCAUUGUCUUUGUAAUAAUGAAAUCACUGGCUUUGAGUGCUGCAGUAUGAUGGCUGACAUUAAUUCCAAAAGUGUUUUUGGUGACACCAGACUGGCUAUGAGCUGUUCUUCCAUUUCUUUGUGCCUGUGUACGAGAGCAGUAGCUCAUCUAAGAUUUAACUGACGCGGUUACACAUCCACAUGGUUUCUAGGCAGUUGAUGAUGAAACAUCGUCACUCCUUUUCAUGAAGUUAAACGUCAUGCACAAUUGUGGUCAGUUUUUUUGUAUUGCCUCUUGUUAAAAUGCAGUGUUUCUUACAUUUGUUGUAACCAUAUCACCUUGGGUUCUUACUGUUAAAAACAUUAAUCUCAGUUAUAUAUGGAGGUGUUUUGUCUAGCAUGGACUGCAGUAAUUUGUACGCAAAAAAAGCCUUAAGCAAUAUUUAGUAUGCUGUAAAGGACUACGUUUGAAUGAGCAUAUUUCUGCUGAGGGUGUGGGCAAGAUGUAAUAUGUUAUAUUGUAUGUGUGUGCAAAUCCUUACUGAAGAAUGGGUUAUUGUAAAAAAGAAAAAAAAGUGGGUCACAUCAACUGACAUUGCACACUAGAUUAAAAACUUAACUGACUGAAAGGGAAAGUUUUACAAUGAAGCAGAAAUCUUACUACUUCUAACAGCAGGUGCAAUCAGAUGUGUUCAUUUUCUGUUACAUUUGGUACAUAUUGUAUUUACUAAAAUUGACUACCACUGAAUCAGAUGUUAUACUUGUUUUAUGGCUGUUUCAUGGGUAUUGGGAUAAGUUAAUUGUUUCCAGAGGUUAAUAUAUAAAUACAUUUCCUUUUUGUAUGAUUGUAAAGUCAUAAUUGUUUAAUAGUGUAACACCGAUGAAAUACAAAAUAUCAAAUGCAUACUAUAAAUCAAAGCCAAUAGUAAUUCUGGUACAGCUGCACUAAAGUUUGAGUGUAAAGGGGUUAUUGGAUGGUUCAGUAGCUUGUGUAACUGUGCUGCAGUUGCUGUGUUGGUGCUCAUUCCCACACACCAUUGUAAUCAUUAUGAAUUUCCAAAGGGACAAUAUUUUGAGGAGAAUGCUUACUGAGGCAAAUAACAAAUAUAUUGAUAUACUGUGUUCUGAAAAAAAAACUACCUUUCACUUUAACGUUAGGUGGUAUGUAAUAAUAUUUGCUUUGGCACCAGCGCUCAAUGCAUAUGCGUGUAUGGCUGUAUCUGCUUUUUAUUUUUCAAAGGUUGGAAUUGAAUCAUUCCUGUUUUAACAUCUGUGUUGGGAGAUGUGAUUGUAUUUAUCAUAAAAUUGCACUAUUCAUCUGUC